AAACAGUUGACACCGGUACAUCCUCUCCCUACCUUACUCGUCGUACCUUACGUUGCUAUCCCUCUUGAAUCUGCGAACUCCCUUUAUCCAAGCAGCUCGCCAUACCGAGUGCAUACUAACACGGCAGUAAUAUUGACGGUAAUUGACUUACUGCACUAGCUCAUUCUUAUCCUCAUCAACCGCGAUUCGUGUCUUGUGCAACUGACCUUCGCUCGUUUCGACUAUGGCCCAAGAAUCAGAUCGGCAGCACAACCAUUAGUCUUCAUACAAAUUCCAUAGACUGAAAUGGCAGAUAUGGAUGAUAUCGAGGAAAGCAGUCUCAGGGCCGGACUCGUCACUCCUCCGCCAUUAUCUCCAACAAAAAGCGACAGCACAUGCAACUGGUCUGCUCCUUCAACCCCUUGGGGAUCACCCCGGAAAGCGAAAAGUUGCUUUUCUUUCCGAGAUACAACCUAUGACCUUGACCUACCACUUUCACCAAGUUCUCCUACUAGGUUUUCUGGAGAUGCUUCCUAUCCCCUUUCAUCUCCAAAUGGACGUAAAGCUGAGAUAGGAUGGGAAUUGUUUGCGUUCAAAAGUACCUCCUUGGAACAGCCACAGGCAGGCUCCAAAUCGAUACCGCAAGCCGCUUCAAUUUAUUCUACACGUUCAAGUAGCCCUCCCGAUCUCUCUAAGCUUGAUCAUAGCAAUCGUGAUCCAACCGCGUCUCCGCUUCGAUCCUCGGCCAUAGAGCAUAGCGAACAUCACUUUCGUUCAACAAUACUCCAGACUGAUGGGAGGAUUCCAAUUGACAGCCAAGAUGAUUCUUGCGGCCCUUCUGGGUCGACUACACCUGUUGCUAAUGAACUGUCGAGUACAUUCGAAGCUUCGGAUCCUGAAGUAUCGAUGUAUGACGACAUCGAGAAAGGCAACCCCUUCCAAUUAUCACGCAUCCCGAUCCGUAGUUCUAGCUCACCUCUUAGGUCCACCCAAUGGGCUGCCAGAGGUGGCCUGUUGUCUCCGACACGUAGUCAAAGUCAAACGCCAGAUCGUUUCGUUUCGUCUCGGCGACCUCCCUAUGUCACUAGACAAAGUUUUGAGUUGAACAAACCCUCUAGUCGACUCGCCGAAGAAGAGAGUCUGCUAUCUGGGAGGCCACGUGGCUCAGAUCCCUUCAGUCGCCGUCUCCGAAGAAGUGGUAGAAUGAAUGCCGAGCUGAGAAGCUUGCAACAGGCACACUCUGCACUUACCAGUCGGGCAAGCAUUAUUCACAGUCUUCCAAACGUACCUCUUCGCAGGAACAGCUCAAUUCUCGGUACUCGUCAGGUUAGCGCUGGUUCAGUGUGGAAUGUGGGUGGCUCCUCCGUGGUCACUGAUACAGUUGCGGGUGUCUAUGCUGGGAGGGCUGGAUACCUUGGAGCUGGCACGAAUGCGCCAUUAUAUACCUCCUCCUUCCUCAAUAGCUCUGAUCCUGAUGCUGAACUUGAAGCGUACGAGGGCCGUAUUGCACUCGCAUUAGACGUAGACAUGGCGGCCCGAAUCCUAGGUCACAGUACAACAGCAGACGAUACUGGAGGAACAAACUCACCGAAGUCCGGGGUUGUACAGCAAGGUAGCACCAAGCAUGUCUGGAAAGACAAUGAAUGGGCCCAGGAGGGACAUAUUCCUCGUUUGUUUCAUAUAACUAGGUACAUACAAGCAUACUCGCUAACAGGAAUGAUGUAGGCCUCCGGCGCAAUUCGUCGACUAAGAUGAGGGCAGUGCCUGUUUUACCUUUCAGAUAUGUCUUGAUCAUUGAAGGUUCAACUUAAAACUGAUCCAAACCACAGUUCUGGACGCGCCUCAGCUGCGCGAUGAUUACUAUUGUUCCCUUCUCGCCUACUCCCAUUCAGCACGAUGCUUAGCUGUUGGACUAGGUAACUUUAUUCACAUUUGGUCAGAGCGUAAGGGAGUGGAU